AGGAUUGGUCCGUUGAGCGAGGGAAGGUCGACGCCUCUUUCCUUCCACCCACUUUUCCCGCCCCGAAGUGGUAGAUAGUUCCGGGCUCCAGAGAAAGCUGUCGUCUCCAGAGCGCAGCUACAGCAACUCUCUCGCCGCCGCUGUUUUCAGUGUCAGUCACCAUGACGGACCGAUCCACCUUCGACACGAACGUGACCACCCUGACUCGGUUCGUGAUGGAGGAAGGCAGGAAAGCCCGGGGCACCGGGGAGCUCACGCAGCUCCUGAACUCGCUGUGCACGGCUGUCAAGGCCAUCUCCACCGCCGUGCGAAAGGCGGGCAUCGCUAACCUGUGAGUCUGCCGAGUACCAUUCUCCGCAAGGAGAAGCAUCCUUCGCCUUGAAUUCGCCCGUCGCUGCUCCUCCCUAAGCGGAGAGAGGCGCUUUGGUUUGCCUUUCUCAGCCCCCCCACCCCAGAUCUUCCGCCAAGUGUCCCGGGUCAGCAGCCCAGGGCCCUAGCGCAGGGGAAGGCGUGGUUCCCUUGGGUGUUGUACUCCAAAGCCCAUAAACCUGACCAGCAUGAUGAAUAAGUAAAAAUGAUGAGAGCUGUAGUCCAGGAAAGUCUGGAGGGCCACAAAACCGCAGGAAACCCCUUCCCGGAGUCUAGUGGCAAAUCCUUCCCCCCCCCCCAAUAACCUGGAAGUGGUCUUUCCCUAUAUUAUAUUUUCUUGACAUCACCUCUUUCCUGAGGUUUCUGCUUGGGACUCUGAAGCAGUCCGUGAUCCACCAAGAUGCCAGCAAAUGUUGUCUUUGCUUGAGAAAGAGAUCAGCCUUGAGUCCAGGGCCUAAAUAUCUGUGUGGGCCGGGUGCUCUCUGUAUACUCCCUGGGUGGUAUUCAACUAGGGUUUUCGUAGAGUAGACCUGUUGACAUUAAUGAGCUUGCUUAGUCGUGUUCAUUAAUUUUAAUAGGUCUAAAAGGUCAAGGGCCAUUAGGUCCAGUCACGGACGACUCUGGGGUUGCGGCGCUCAUCUCGCUUUAUUGGCCAAGGGAGCUUCUGGGUCAUGAUUAAGUCGCUUCUGGCGAGCCAGAGCAGCGCACGGAAACGCCGUUUACCUUCCUGCCAGAGCGGUACCUAUUUAUCUACUUGCACUUUGACGUGCUUUCGAACUGCUAGGUUGGCAGGAGCAGGGACUGAGCAAUGGGAGCUCACCCCGUCGUGGGGAUUCGAACCGCGACCUUCUGAUCGGCAAGUCCUAGGCUCUGUGGUUUAACCCACAGCGCCACCCGCGUCACUCUUUAAUAGGUCUACUCCUGAGUAAAACUUAAGUUGAAUACCCACUCUUAUCUUUAUCUGGGUCUCUCUAGGGCCCAGUCCAGUGUUUAUGAUGCCAUUUGCCUUCAAAAUCUCCUUAAAUUAGCAUCUAUCAACUCCCAAGCCCUAAUUUUCUACCGUCCUGGGUUCCUUUCUUUCUAUCACAUACUUCAUCUUGGCAAUGAAGUUUCAUUUGCUAACUAUCUAAUACCAUAUCCCUAUUUACGACAUGCACUAGGAUAUUUCACAUCCUGUCUAAUGGAAAUCUUGGGGCUGCAUUUUAAUCUGGUGGUGUAUGCCAGCAUGAAGGUUACUUCACAUGAUGCACUAUUUCUUCAUAACCUGUAUGCACAACAUAACGUAAGAGCAGCUCUGCUGGAUCAGAUCACAGGUCUGCCUAGUCCAGUAUCCUGUUUUCAAAGUGGUCAACCAAAUGUCUAUGGGAAACCCGCAAAGUUGACAUCUAGGCUCUCCCCUUCUGUUCCCCAGCCAGCUAGUAUUGAGAGGCAUACAGUCAUAAUGACCAGAAGUCACCAACAGUCUAUGAUUUUUUAAUCUCAUUUUAAAGCUGUUGGCGUUGGUGGCUUACUCCUGUUUAGUUUUUCCCUCUCCAUGGAAACAUAAAUUAAUGAACUGAACAUAAAUUAAACUGGAUAUAAAAGUUAGUUGACAGUAUUUCGGAGCACUACAGGAAAGAGGAAAAGCACCCUUGCUUAGGAAGGUUUGGUUUAGUCCCAUAUAUCUCCGUCUUUUGGAACACAAUAUAAAUGCAUUUUUUCCCUCCCUUCCUAAAACCGAAGAAAGCCUCGAAGUACAGAUCUCACAAUGAAACCUGAGCGCGACUGCCAUUUUACUAUGUUUACUCUUUAAUGAGCAAGUCAUGAUGAAAGUGCAACCUUUUGUAAUUCCAUCUUCAUGGAAAGAGGAAGCACAGAGACACUGAUGUUGUCACUCUCCAUGUGUACAUCUGUUUGCACAUAUUUCGUUAAAACUCUUUAUCAGGCGGUUAUGUUGGUCUUUCCUCAAUUGCAAUAUAUAGCUAAUUUAAAGCAAAGUUGAACAGUAGCUGUUUAUGGUGCUAUUGAUACACUGACUCUCUUAUCUGCAUUAUUGUUAAUGUGUUACUCAGACAACAUUUCAGUGGUAUUUCUUACUACGUGGUCCUGGGUAGUAUUCACAUUUUAUCUAUAUGAUUUUAUUAUGGCUUGAAUUCAUUGCAAUUAUAUGAUAUUAAACAUUUAAAAUACAAGGUUACAUAAGCAAAACGGUAGCAUUAAAAGAAUUUCAGGGAAAUACAGAAGCAAGCUUUAGCCUUUGCCCCAUUUGAUUAUAAUCUGGACAGCUUUGUUGCAUUGGAGCAAGGUAAUAUUUACAGUUCAAGGUACGCUUUUUUUCAUAUCUGAGUGCUUGCUUCAAUCACACAUGAGUUCCCUUGCUCAAUUCAGCCUUGAAAUGGCUUUAAAGGACAACAAAGAUCAAAUAAUUAGUUUGUCUCCUGUUUGAAAAAAAUAUGUAUAUAUUUGGCAGUUUAAAAAUAAGCCAUUUUAAGUCCCAUUUAUUUCAGAUGGAAGUUAACCAUGAAUUAAAGUCUUGUUGGUUCAAAUCAGUGAGAUUUAAAAGUGCUUAACGGGUUGGAUCGCAUUGGGUGGAGACUGCUAGGUGUUGACUCUCUUCAGGCAAUUCUCUUUCAGGGAGUGGAAAUAACACUAUUGGCAUCUUUUGCAGCUAUUUUUUAAUUUGUUAAAUUAAAAUGCAGUUGUCAGCAUUUUCUGAAGAAAUGUAAGAGAACUUACUAGUGUAUUAAGAUUUUAAGAAUUAAAAUGAAAAUUAAGAAGGGUGGUGUGAUCUCUUUUGAGAGUUACAAAAGAAACGUCAGUUUGGAAAUAUAUAUAUGAAUAAGUCAAGAUACUUGUCUAUGUGUUUCUUGCCUACCUGUCUCAAUACAGAACUCUUAACUAAUUAUUGAAAGAAAGGGUGCAACCCUCACUGAGGAUAACAAGACCUGGUGGUACCAAAUUAUUUGGGGAUCUGUGUGAGAUAUCUAAAUCAUAUUUGAUACAAGAGUGGCUGGGACAUGUGCCCUACUUAUUUAAACACGCACACACACACAAAUCUUUUACUGGUCAUCUAUUCUUCCCUGUUCAGAUAUGGAAUUGCUGGUUCUACCAAUGUCACAGGAGACCAAGUCAAGAAACUGGAUGUCCUUUCCAAUGACAUGGUGAUCAACAUGCUGAAGUCAUCUUUCACAACUUGUGUGAUUGUCUCUGAAGAAAACAAAGAUGCCCUUAUAGUGGAAGAAGAUAAACAAGUCAGUACCUCUCAAAACUAUCCUGAUGCUUGCUUUCCCGCUGGCAUUGAGCAACAGCUGUCUCUUCAAACAUGUAAAAAUUAACCUAAGAUACAGAAACAGGACAAAGAGCAGUGCCCUUCUGAGGUCAGAAAAACGUAAGCAGGCUCUGCUCUGUUGCCUGUGGCGCUAGACAUUAUGAGGGAAAACGCUCCCUUCUUGUGUUGAUAAAUGGUAGGGAGGGCAUUGGUGGGGAGAAUUGGUAGGCAAAAGGGGUGCGUAUAAGCCUUUCAGUGCCUGUUGAUUCUCCCAAGUUUUUCAAAGCUGGAAGUGAGCCCAACUGCAGGAAAAACAGCCAGGAAAAGGCAUUUUGCAGAAGAUAAUUGAUGAGCGGAGAGAGUAAAUACCCUUUCCAUCCACCUGUUUCUCCAUGCUAAUCCAGUCUCUGAUUCCCAUUAUCUUGUCAAAUGUAGGAUUGGUAUUCCAUGUUUCCUGAUAACUCCUGUCAGGGCUAAACUAGAUGAUGUCCACUCUAAACUCUUACUCCCUGUUGCCUGAGCUACAGCAAAUUCAUUAAUUUGCAUUAUAUGAGGAAGUUUUGAAGAAGGUAUGUUGAAGCAAGUCUGCUUAUCAGCACCCAGCCCCACCGGGAUGGACCUGACUUCAACUUCCUUUGAUGGGACCAAAUACAGGACUGGUUUUCCUUGCCGUCUUCUAUAUGCCAGCAUGGACUCUUCAACAAACACAUAACACUAUAUGUAAAAUCACUAGUUGCUUGAGAUAGUCAAAAAGUAUCUUGUUACUGAUGCAGGAGGCACACAUUUCCUGGGAGGAUAGAAGUGGCAGGGCCACACCCCACAACUGCUGCACAGCAGGGCCUGAGGUCCUCCCCAUGUUACUGGACUACAACUCCCAUCGGCCCUGACCAGUGACCAUGCAUGCCUGGGGCUGUUGGGAGUUGGAGUCCAGCAGAAAUCAGUACGUACAGGCUAAAGCUCCUCUGUUGGCUAGCAAGGCCGAUCCUACACCUUUAUAAGUGUUGAUAUAUGCUGUUGUUGCACUGUGUAUUUUGGGUCUAUGGACUACAAUAAAGCUGUGCGUGUGUUACUAAUGUGUGUAAGGGACUGGGAGUGCAGCACUGUGAAGCUGGCAUGGGCAGUGCCCUUGCAUGCCUGAUAAGAUGGUGGGUAGAUUUGGGAGAGUGUGAUGGUAGCAGAAAAAAGCAGAGGGAGGAAGACAAGGAGCAUGAGAUGUUGGUAAGUGCACAGUAAUGAGAGAAGGAACAAGGAGAGAAUCUCUGCCCCAGCGAAGCCACAACGGCUGGGGCUGAUGGGAUUUGGAACUGAGCAACAUAUUGGUGGCACCACUUUGGCUAUCCCUGCCAUCAACAGUUUUCAUCAGAUUAACAAAAGUUUAAGUAAUCAGUUUUGUACAACAGCCCUUCCCUGUUGGCCUAGGGUGUGGUUGUUCAUUUGUGAUUGGCUAUGGUGAACUUUGUUUUCAUGUGUGAGUGGGGUGGGUGGGUGUUUUUGAAUCAGGUUAGCCAUAUUGAUUUGUAUGCUGUCAAUCUUGUCGUUGUCUUGUUGGGCUGUGUAUGUGAUAAAGGGGAGCCAUACCGGGGUGAAGGCAUCUUCUUCCAAGAGAACCUGCACAAGCGACGCUGACACAAAACCCCACACAUACAUUGAGUAAAAUAGAAACAUGCCACCUGACUCCACCCCCACUCACCCUUUUCCACCUCUUUCCCCCUUUUCUUCCUAAUGUAACACCAAUGUCUCAGCAAAUUAAACUGAUCUGUAGAAAAUGUAACUUGAAAAAAGAGACAAUGCACAUACUUUUGUAAACCAAGAAACUUUUAAUUAAAAAUACGUUUAAAAAAAAAAGGCUGUGGGUACCUAACACAUAUUUAACACGAUUCUCCUUUCUCACUUAAUCCUCAUCUACAUAAGAGCCAUUGGCAAUUGAGCCAUCAUUAGUGUGAAAGUUGCCUGAAAUCACCCUCACAAGCAUUAUUCAGUUGGAGUAUUUUAGCAGUGAAACAAGCACUAUACACAUCUAGUUUAUUUUAAGAAUAUUUGAAUGUUUCUAUCUUCUAGGGCAAAUACAUAGUCUGCAUGGAUCCACUUGAUGGCUCAUCUAACAUUGACUGCCUUGUGUCUAUCGGGACCAUUUUUGCUAUCUACAGAAAGGUAGGAUAUAUUUAAUGGUUGCUUACGGAAUAGUGAGGUAAUAGGAGUAAUGAAGAAAAUACACUGCUUUGAGGACUGGGUUUCUGCUUAUGUUAAUAUUGAACAUUUUAUGUUCCCAAGGUUAGUCAGUAGGGACAAGGGUUAACUGAACAGAGUGAAUGUUAUGUGUGAAACAAAAAUAAAAUUAUAUCAGAUUUUCUUUUGCUGAAGUGGAUUGGGGUUAGCUGGUUUAAUGGAAUCUGUUCCAUGGGUUUUAGCGGUGUAAACUGACUUUUCACACAGGGAAAUGAUCUUGCAGCAUAACCUGCAAACUUGCUAUGUAAUCCUCAAAGCACUUGUGUUUGUAAGAGUUCUGUUAACUCCAGAGAGGAUAUUACUUGCGCCUUAUUUUGACAGGCAGUUAAACUGUUUAAAGAGACCUGAAGUUCUGGACUAACAUGUUGUUAAAUAAGCAAGCUGAUUGUGUUUAAGGCACACACCCCGUUUUAAUUGUUUAGCUUCUAGAAUAAGAUGUCUUUGAAUCAUAUACUCUGGAACUUAAAACCUAACCUCAGCCAAACAGCAAAAUAAGAUAGUGCAUUGACAGCCAGGUCUUAUCUAUUUUAUGCUCAUUUACUAUAUAAGGGUCAAAAGGAGCUUCCAGUGGCCUAUCCAGCUCAGUGCUGUCAUUCUUGACUCUCAAAUAUCCCUCCAUUGCAACUUUGGCAUGUAUACAAUUGGCUUAAUAAUUCAUGUAACUUUUCCAUUUUCUGAGUAUGCCAAUCAGGGAUGCCCUUGGAGCCUAAAUUGGAAGGUGGAUAAUGUGGGCAGGAGUCUCUACCGUUUGUUGGGGACCCCUUACUCUUGUAAAAAACAGUUGUGAGUACAGUCUUACCUCGGGAUAAAUGUGCUUCAAGUUAAGUAUUUUUGGGUUGCGCUCUGCGGCAAUCCAGAAGUAACGGAGCACGUUACUUCUGGAUUUCGCAGCGCGCACAUGCGCAGAUGGUCAAAAUGACGUCACACACAUGCGCAGAAGCGCCGACCCGCGCACACACAGACGGAUCCCAUUCGCAUCCCAAGGUACCACUGUACAACAUACCACUCCAAGCUCCAGAACUCUAAAAGGGAAAGGGGAGGGAAUCGGGCUUUGUGCCACAUGUUCCCUGAAUCCAGUGCCCACCUCCAGAGAUUCUGAGACAGAAUGCUUGUGGACAUGGCAACUGCAAGCAGCAUGACUUUUAAACCCCCAAGCAGGGCCAUACGUGAGGCUGACAGUCACGUGACUCCUUACUCAACCUAAUUUGAAAAGAUAAAACAGUCACACAAACCAAUAAUGAAGUUGUUUGCUAGCCAAGCAGAAGUCUUAAUGAGAUACUUCAGAUUAAUAGUUUGCUACAGUGAUGAGGAAAGGGACGUGGGUGGCGCUGUGGGCUAACCACAGAGCCUAGGACUUGCCGAUCAGAAGGUCGGCUGUCCGAAUCCCGCGAUGGGGUGAGCUCCCGUUGCUCAGUCCCUGCUCCUGCCAACCUAGCAGUUUGAAAGCACGUCAAAGUGCAAGUAGAUAAAUAGGUACCGCUCUGGCGGGAAGGUAAACAGCGUUUCCGUGCACUGCUCUGGUUUGCCAGAAGCGGCUUAGUCAUGCUGGCCACAUGACCUGGAAGCUGUAUGCCAGCUCCCUCGGCCAAUAAAGCGAGAUGAGCGCCGCAACCCCAGAGUCGGCCACGACUGGACCUAAUGGUCAGGGGUCCCUUUACCUUACAGUGAUGAGGAAAGGCAAGUGUCCCACAGAGCCCUUACUCCUCUCCAGCACUAAAUGGAGCCGUUAAACUUGUGCCAGCCUCAUAGAAUUCUGUUUUAGCUCCUGACAUUGAUUCUUCCUCUUUCUUUAACCAUCUCCAUAUUUGAUGCUUCAUGGGAAGAGAACAACAGCUUAAAGUUAAAAGCUUUUAAUGUCCAGAUUUUAAGGUUCUCGGGGAAAGGGUCAUAGCUCAAGUGGUAGAGCAGUUUCUCUGCAUGCAGAUCCCAGGUUCGGUCCCCAGAAUCUCCACACAGAGCUGGGAAUAACGGCUGUCUGAAACACUGGGAAGCCCCUGCCAAAGCUCAAUGGACCAAUGGCCUUUCUCUGCAUGAAGCAGCUUCCUGUGUUCUUCUCUUAUUCAAGGCUUCUCCUGGUGCACCGUCUGAGAAAGAUGCUCUGCAGCCUGGGCGCAACCUUGUGGCGUCUGGUUAUGCCCUCUAUGGCAGUGCCACCAUGCUUGUUCUAGCUCUCGAAUGUGGUGUCAACUGUUUCAUGCUUGAUCCGGUAAGGAGUGCUGUUAUGGCCUAUGAAAAUAUUAUUGUUUGUUGUCAUGCUUUUUUUAAAAAAACAUUUUUAUCAUUUUAUACAAAUGGGAAUUUUCAAAUAUUUUUAUCAUUUUACACAAAUGAGUUUAUUCUAAGGGAAAUUAAUAGAGCUUAUUCCACCGUAAAAAUGUCAAGUGAAGUAAUACUUUUUAAGGACCAAAAUAUGCAUCUGUGCAUCAAACAAACAGAGGGGUUGCAAAUACUUGGAAUCUUUCAAUCCCUAUUUUCUUUUAAGUAAAAUGAAAAUUAAAAAAUACAGGGUUGUUGUAGGACAAACAAGAUAAAAAUUGUACAGAAUUUUCAACAUAAUAAUUGGAAGCAGUUGGUGUCUCUAAAACACAAGUUGCUAACCAGUGGUCCUCCAGAUGUAGGAUUCAAACUCCCAUCAGUCACAGCCACCAUAGCAAGUGGUCAGAGAUGAUGGAAGUCAUAGGCCAACAACAUCUGGAGGACCAAAGAUUACCCAACUCUCCUCUAGAAAAGAACAACAACAACAACAACAACAAUUUUAUUAUUUAUACCCUGCCCAUCUGAUUGGGUUUCCCCAGCCACUCUGGGCAGCUUCCAGCAAAAUAUAAUAAAACGUCAAACAUUAAAAACUUCCCAAUACAGGGGUGCUACAUAUCCUCUUCGCCCUGCCAAGUCACUCCCACCAUUGCUCAUCUCUAUUCAUGCAGAGCUCCUUCAGUCUCUUCUACUUCAGCACUAUCCAUGGAUAGCUGUCAACCAGGAUAGCUAGACAUUCCAUAUUCAGAUGUUAUAUCAUUCAGCCUGGACACUGAGAUCCAGCACCGAGGGCCUUCUGGUGCGAGAAGUGAAGCUACAGGGAACCAGGCAGGGGGCCUUCUUGGUAGUGGCACCCACUCUGUGGAGCAUGUCACAGAGAUGAGUAACUAUAUAACCUUUAGAAGGCAGCCCUGUAUAGGUAAAGGUAAAGGGACCGCUGACCAUUAUGUCCAGUCGUGACCGACUCUGGGGUUGCGACGCUCAUCUCGCUUUAUUGGCCGAGGGAGCCGGUGUACAGCUUCUGGGUCAUGUGGCCAGCAUGACUAAGCCACUUCUGGUGAACCAGAGCAGUGCACGGAAAUGCCGUUUACCUUCCCGCUGGAGCAGUACCUAUUUAUCUACUUGCACUUUGACGUGCUUUCGAACUGCUAGGUUGGCAGGAGCAGGGACCGAGCAAUGGGAGCUCACCCCGUCACAGGGGAUUCUGAUCAGCAAGUCCUAGGUUAUGUGGUUUAACCCACAGCGCCACCCGUGUCCCUCGCCCUGUAUAGGGAAGCUUUUUAAUGUUUAAUGUUUUGUUAUGUUUUUAUAUAUGCUGGAAGCCACCCAGAGUGGCUGGGGCAACCCAGUCAGAUGGGUGGGGUACAAUUAUUAUUUUAAAGCUCUGAAGAGCAGAUAGGAAGAACAAGGUGCCAGCCAGCCUGUUACUUGCAGGUGCCAGUAGGGGGCCCUGGAUUCCAUCAUAGUGGCCUACUGAGUGCAAACCCAGUGUACACUUUGUGUGCAGCUUCAUUAAAGAGCUGGUGCUUGCACUGUCUUGGUUCCUUAAAAUAUCCCAAACUUGAACUGCUCUCAUAAGGACAAAAAGAAGGGGGAAAGAGUUGACUAAUUCCCUACCCCCAAUUAUCCAAUAUAAGCUUUGCAUGUCCUGCAGGUUGUUUAAUAAGACACAGCAGCAUAGAAAACAGAGGUCAUUAUCCCCACAGAAUGCAAGCGAUUCUGAAAAGUGAUUAUGCAUCAUAUUCGAAUUAAGACUUCCAGGAAAUUUAAACCCUUUUGGUACAUGAAGGCUGCCUUUCGUUUUAGCACUAGUGUGUAGGAUGGCUAAUCAUGAUGCUCCAGAUGUUGCUGGACUCGCCUCCCAUCAUUCCUGCUAAUUGGCCAUGUGAGAUUGGGCAGAUGUGAGAUGGAACCCAACAACCUCUGGAGAGCCACUGGCUAACCACACAUUUAAGGAGCUUGGAAUUUAAGGCAGCAUGUUGCCCUCAGCCUUGUUUUGAAAUGGCUACUAUCUUCUGUUCAUCUACAUCUCAACAAAACCAUGUUAACAGAUGUUCUUGUACACUUUCAGAUUGCAUCUGAUGUCUUAAAGAGUAAGUGGGGUGUUUACGUGUGUGUGUGUGUGUGUGUGUGUGUGUGUGUCAGAAAGAGAGGCACCUUAAACACCCUAGAAUCUUUUCAUCUUUGUGCUUCUACGAUAGAAAGCAUGUUUCAACAUAGCUGAUGCCAUGCAGCUUCAAUUAAAAUUGCUUUCUAGAUGAAGCAAGGUUGCAUAGCCUUGCUUGGGUUUUUCUAUGUUUGUUCAGUUUAAAAUGAGUUUAUUUUCUAUUGUUAGAGCCCGGCAUUCUCCAAUAUGUAUAUCUCAAGUAGUUGCAUGUCCUUUGCUUUAUUUUUGAUUCUUUUUUAGCAGCUAGACUGUUAAGUUCUAUGUAUGUAGUAGCAUUUUUUCUUCAAACAACUGUGAAGAAAUGACAGUGUGGUCAUUGCCUACAAAUGGUUUCAUGAGCAUUCUAGUUUCAACAGGGCAAGAUUGAUAAAGGCUGCUGCAAACUCUUUUGAGGCCUUGUCCUAGUUAACAGGAUUUUGGAAAAGGUAUUCCUAAGUGCCUGAUGUUUCCCACCCCAAAAUUUAUAUACUGCUUUUAUCAGAAAGGAACACAAGGCAGUUUACAAGAGAAAACAAAAUUAAACAAUAUAGCAUACAAAAUGGAUAAAACAUCAAAAUCCAUAAAACCAGUUUCCGCUCUACGCACACAAAUUCCACAUUCGCUAACUAACCUGUAGUUCAAGUCAACCUGUGCAUAUUCACCAACCUUGCAACACACACACCUCUCGCGCUCAACAAUUACAGAUCCCAACAGUCCAUUCUACAACCCUGGCAGCCUAACACGCUAAGAGACAAAAAGCAAAUUUAAUCUGUGACUCCACCAAACCCAGUUAAAACCUCACGCUCCUUCACAUAGGGCUCUCGUUAAUACCUUCACAAGGGAAUUGCAGUGAACUGGAUGCACUUGGUAAAUAUGCUCUGGCUGGUCCUCAUUUGUAGACAUGCACUAAUUUGCCUGUGUUAACUUGUCCGACACUGAUUCACAUGGCGGUAUUUUUUGUUUUGCCUUGUAAAUGACGAAUGCAAUUUACUCAGGAAUAAAGUGUAUGCUGUACAAAUGAUAAGGCUUGCUUUUUUUCUUAUGCUAGGCCAUUGGGGAAUUCAUUUUGGUCAACAGGGAUGUAAAAAUAAAGAAAAAGGGAAAUAUCUUCAGCCUCAACGAGGGAUAUGCUGCAUACUUUGACCCUGCUGUCACAGAAUAUCUCAAGAAUAAGAAAUUUCCACAGGUAAGCUUUCACAUCCUGCAAAGAAAUUUGCUGUCCAGAUAUUCCAGAAGACAACAUUUCUUUUAGUCCAUAUAUAUUUGCUUUAUAUAACUUCACAGUGAGUGGGACCCUCACUUGUGCGUUGGGUCAAAAGCACCUUUCUCCAACAAAACAGGCUCCUCUGGAUCCAACCCAAGCUUUUUUGUACAAAGCUUAGAAACAAUUUUGUGGGUGCAAAGUGAACCCAUGGAUGUAGCCAUUGUGUCAUGUCCAGAGAACCCUAAGACUUGGUUCAAACAUUAGAAGUUUCCUGGUGUGAAAACUCUUCUUAGGGAAAUGGAUGGGAAGGUGUGUGAAUUGUUACCUGCACACAGUACUCAGCUUCACACCGUUUAUAAGUACAGUGGUACUUUGGUUGUUGAACAGCUUGGCUCUCAAACAAAUCGGCUCCCGAACGCUGCAAACCUGGAAGUAAGUGUUCCCGUUUGCGAACAUUUUUCGGAAGCCAAAUGUCCGACUUCUGCGGCUUCCGAUUGAGCGCAGGUAGCUCCUGCAGCCAAUCGGAAGCCGCACCUUGUUUUUUGAACGGUUCCAGGAGUCGAACAGACUCCCAGAAUGGAUUAAGUUUGACAACCAAGUUACCACUGUACUGUCUGGGAAUUUCUGAUGGGCAGUAGUAAACACAAUACCAUAGGCACAUGAGUGAUCAUUACACAGACUGACUGGCUUGCUUUUCCUACAGCUUAGGAACGUUGUAAUUUGUUGCAGUCUGCACAGAUGGUGUGCUUCAGCAUUUACUGAUUCCUUGUCUUCUUGUGUGACUUAGAGGCAUGACUGACAUUUGCAUGGCUGGCUUUCCUAAAGUGAGCCUAGUGAUGGCCUGGGCAAAAGGGCUUCUUCCAUUUAUUGGGAACACCUCCUGUCCUUCCCAUUGGAUGCUACAGCACCCAACCAGGAAGCUGCCAUCUGGACCCAGCCAGGGACAGAGGCAGCUGCUAUCCAUUUCGCAUCAGUCUGGGGAAUGUAGAACUUCAGAACACUUAUACAAUAUUUCACCAAUCUUCUCUUCUAGGAUGGUAGCGCUCCCUAUGGCAGCAGAUACAUAGGUUCCAUGGUUGCUGAUGUGCACCGUACCCUGGUGUAUGGAGGAAUCUUCCUAUAUCCAGCCAAUUCAAAGAGCCCCAAGGGAAAGGUAACAUAGCUAGCACAUGCUUAAUUUUUUACAAGAAUUCAUCAUGUGAUGCUUCUAUUGUCUUCAUGUUUUACAACUGAAUGUCCUUCUAAACUACAUGUUUAGUUAUCAAAGUCUGGGCACUCUGCUCAAGGUCAUAGAAAGGCACUGUUAUAUUUAACAAGGCAGGGAGAACUCAUGCUUUCCCUUUGUAAGUUGAGCGGUAGGACUAUCCAUCGUCAUUUGGUUUCCCCCGGUACGCAUCUGGCUUCUCUGCUAUGCAAGGUAGGACACAAUUGAGCAGCGCUGUGAUGGUGUAACAUCCAAGGAACUGGGUGAUGCUCCCAACCAAAAGCACAGGGAGUUCUGGAGAAGUGAACUGCUCUGAGACCUCCUGGUAGAGGCAGGUAUAGAAAUUAAAUAAAUUAAUUAAUUAAAAGUGCACCUGGACAUAAAGUAAAUAGUAAGGGGCUCAUCACAUAAGUAGAACACCCAUUCUAAAAGGCACAAAAUGGGGCUCGGUGGAUCAUUAUGUUGCCCUUUUCCAGGCAAGGAUUUACUGAAAUAAGUGGUAGGUAAAAUGUCAUCAAUCCUUGGGAAAGAUCUCUGCCCCUUUGUGUGCUGGAUCAGAGGCUCCUGAAUGAAAUACGCUUGGGCUAGGCUGUUAUCUAUAAGCACCAGCUGGAUUCCUUUCCCCUUGCUAAUUAGGUUAAUACUGGUUGCAAUACUUUUUGGCACCACUCCUUUAGGCGCUCGGCUUUAUUUCUCUCACACACCCUGUCCCAAAUCGCCUGUGACAUACAGAGCUUUCCCUGUCCCCUGGGUUCGGGGAACUUAAAAGCUAAAAUUUUAUGAGCUUACAACUUGAAACUGGGGCUAAACUAGAUAUGACACACUAGAUACAUGAAUAGGGGUAUCCUAUUGGGGGAGAGUUCUUGUUUUCAUUUGCUAGUAUGAUAUAUACAUAUUUGUUUUUUUAUAUUGUAAACCACCCUGUGAUCCUUGGAUGUACCAAGUUUCCUGCAGGAAUUAAAAAAAAACACAAAAUUUAAAAAUUAAAGUGCUUAUAGUGCCCCUCCCCCCGGUGUUAAACAUACUCUGCAAUCAGUAAACUAGCACAGCAGGGAGUGAACUGGAAUCUUUGUCCUGAUGUGCUAGUUCUUUUAGUUUUGCAGGAAACUUGGUACAUGAGAGAAUAAAUAAAAAAUGGCACCCCCUGCCUGCAACCUGAAGUGGUACAGUCCACACCACCGCUCAGGAUUGUACCACUUCAUUCUGGAUAAACUAAAACUGGGAAAUUUGGGAAAGACUAUGUAUCUGACAUAUGAGACCGCAGCAAGACUAAAUUGCUUAAUUGUUGAAUUGCCAGUUUUGAUAUCUAGUAUCAUUACAGUGGUACCUCGGGUUAAGUACUUAAUUCCUUCCGGAGGUCCGUUCUUAACCUGAAACUGUUCUUAACCUGAAGCACCACUUUAGCUAAUGGGGCCUCCUGUUGCUGCUGCGCCGCCAGAGCACGAUUUCUGUUCUCAUCCUGAAGCAAAGUUCUUAACCCUAGAUAAUAUUUCUGGGUUAGCGGAGUCUGUAACCUGAAGCGUCUGUAACCCGAGGUACCACUGUAUAAGGAGCAGAAUAUCCUGCUCCACAAAAGAGCAACCACUGAGUUGCAUUCAGUUUUCACAGGUUUUUCUAACAUGGCAUUCAAGUUUAAUCUCAGACUUCCAACAAUUGAGAAGAAAGUGCAGUGGUUUCUACGGCAAACUCCAUCCCAACUCUUAACUGGGCAAGGGAAGGACCUGUGUUUAUUCAGCCAAAAACUAAUCUGAACUACAUUUCAAUGCUUGCUCCAGCCUGUAGAUAAGAGGCAGUUACUCAUUUACACAGAAUGUCACAAACAGGACCUUUUCCUCUACUUAUGAGCAAAGCAGUACUACUUCUGUUAAUAGGCUUUGUCCUCUUGCAUAGUUUGGUUGACCAGCUGUGCAUUUACCUGUGUACCUUUCCCCCAAGAACUCACGCUGAUAUACAUCAUUCCCACCCUUCUCUCCACUCUCCCAACCCAAUUUUUAUCCUUAUAAUAUCCCUGUGAAUUCAGUUAGCCGGAGAGAUAGUGACUAAAUAAAUAUCAUCCAGUGAACCUCAUGGCUGAGUGAGGACUCUAACCUGGCUCUCUCUGCAGUUCUGAUCCAACCAACUAACUCAGAAAUAUGGAAGUUAUGGCCCUUCAGAUGCUGUUGGACCAGAUCUACCAUAAUCCCUGACCAUUGGCCGUGCUGUGCCGUCAACAAGUCCGACAAGAACUGGCUGCAGCUUCUCCAUUCCUACUGUAACUUCAGCCCUUCCAACUGACCCGAUAUUACAAAAGCAGUCCUGGUUUCUGACUUGAUCCCAGAAUGUCCCGUGUUUCCCUUAUCCUCCAUGUCUCAGGGGACAAUUAAAAGUGGUGAGUGCAAGUGCAGAAACGGAAAAUAAAAUCCCUGCACCAAAUGAAGAAAAUGGUGACACUGGCAUACAAAGCCUUUCCUAUAAUUUCGAAGGAAAAGGUCACCAGUCCACUUUAAAAGUCUUUCAUCGCAAUGCUUCUGCAGCCAGACAUUUCUUAGGAAACACGGGGAAUGUUGAGUCCUUUAUUGCAAAUGGAGUCUGACACUGUCUACUCAGAAGGAAGCCCCACUGUAUUCAAUGGAGCUUACUCCCAGGUAACUGGGUCAAGACUGGGCAGCCUUACACGGCCAUCUGAAGCAUUUUGACUCAGAACUAAGUCCCACUGAGUUCCAUAGGAUUUACUCUCUUGUAUGUUCCUAAUCAUAGGGACGCGGGUGGCGCUGUGAGUUAAACCACAGAGCCUAGGUCUUGCCAAUCAGAAGGUCGGCGGUUCGAAUCCCUGCGACUGGGUUUGCUCCUGUUGCUCGGUCCCUGCUCCUGCCAACCUAGCAGUUCGAAAGCACGUCAAAGUGCAAGUAGAUAAAUAGGUACUGCUCCGGCGGGAAGGUAAACGGCGUUUCCGUGCCCUGCUCUGGUUCGCCAGAAGCGGCUUAGUCCUGCUGGCCACAUGACCCGGAAACUGUACGCCAGCUCCCUCGGCCAAUAAAGCGAGAUGAGCGCCGCAACCCCAGAGUCUGUCACGACUGGACCUAAUGGUCAGGGGUCCCUUUACCUUUAUGUUCCUAAUCAUUCUCACAGUUUUUAUUAUCAUCAUCAUCAUCAUCAUCAUCAUCCCACCUUUUUCCUUGAUAGGGACUCAAGGCAGCUUAUCGCUAAAAUUUUGUAUCAUUCCCUUUAUCUGUGGAAGGUGUUGUACAUGAUCCCUUCCCUUACAUUUUUUCUUUACACCAGUCCUGUGACAGGUGAGGCAGAGAGGUUGCAAUUGGCUUAAGGUGACUGAUGUUGAUGUGUCUGUGUGUGCGCGGUGAAAUCAAACAUGGGAGAAGCUUCCAGAUGUAGAACAGGAUGUCCCUAUACUCAUCGGAGAAAUGUUGGAGGGGAUGUAACUAUGAUAUCACACUGCCUAUCUAAGCAUAAACAUGGAAAGAAAACCUCAUUUUCCUACCUGCAGCAAUACUGCCAAUAGAAGCAUGCUUGUUGGGGAGCAAUCCCCUUUAGACACAAUGGAACUUAUUUCUGAGUAAUCAUGUGGACAUUUGCAAUGUAGAAAACCUGUGCAGAGAGCACUAUACAACUGUAGCACACUCUUCUUGUGAGUAUAGCAUUUGGCUCAAGUGCAGUGCUGAUGCUUGAUCUGUUAUUUUUAACAUAUGUAAUUCCAGUUGAGGCUCCUCUAUGAAUGCAACCCCAUGGCUUUUAUCAUCGAGAAGGCUGGAGGUCUUGCAACAACAGGCAAGGAGGCUGUCUUGGACAUAGUGCCUGAAAACAUUCACCAGCGUGUGCCUAUUGUCUUGGGGUCUCCAGACGAUGUACAGGAAUACCUAGCCAUGGUCAAGAAGCAUUCAGCUAAAUGAGGAGAGGGCGGCUGCAUCUGCCACUGGAAUGCCUUUCAACUGGACCAAAGACCAUAACUGUGCAAAACUACGGACUGAAGCAAAUUUAUAGUAUGCAAAAGAGCCAUUACUUCAUUGUGCAUAAAAAGCAAACUCAAUGCGUUUUGCUGUGCCAUUAAAAACAAAUCUAAAAAGCUA